CCGCGAGGCUUGAAGCUCACCAGGGCCUCAUUACAGGCCUGCAAGGCUGGAGAUCGCCCGAGCCGUAGAGUCCAGUCAGUCUCGCGAUCUCAUCCUAUCAAAAAAUGAGUCGUCUCUAUGCACACGUUGCAAGAUUCUGCUGAAAGUAAUCCUUGAACAACAAACAGUAGAGGAACCAACCGUCGACCACUGAUUGCCCGAAGAAGCGACGAUUUCCUACGUAAGUACACCGACUGCCUGGAGAAGCACUGGCGCUUGAGUUCUCGUUUCCUACGUAACACCCGAUUAAGGGCCCCAGCAAAGCGGUCUUCUUCCCUCCUCCCGUAAUCUCAAACCACCACUUCUGCUUUCACAUUCGCUUCCGAGCUCGUCUCUCAUGGCGGGCGAAGGCAAACUCGCCUGUUUCUUAAUCUUUUUCCUCUGUCUCCACCCAUCUUCGGAGGAACGAACGUGGGUCGAGUCCGGUUACUUCUACGCCGGCAGCGAAAUCCCGGUCUCGGACAUCGAUUCCUCCUUGUUUUCUCACCUCAUAUGUGCUUUCGCUUUCAUCGGCUCUUCGACCCAUCAGCUCUCCUUCAACUCCUCCACCGAACAAAUCUUCUCCGCCUUCACGAGCACCGUGAAACGCAAGAACCCUUCGGUCACCACGCUGCUGUCGGUGUGGGCAGGCGGAGAUGAUCCUUCGGCUUUCACUUCGAUGCUUGGUGGGUCUUCUUCAAGAAGGUCCUUUACCGAGUCUACGAUAGAAAAGGCAAGGCUUUAUGGCUUCAAUGGGGUUGAUCUCUGUGGGGUCUUGCCCAGUAGGAGCACAAACAGGACCGAUUUGAGUGCUCUUUUGGGGGAGUGGAGAGAUAGAGUAGUUGCCGAAUCAACAAAAUCUGGGAAACCUCAGUUGCUGCUAGUAAUGGCUGUGUAUUGUGAAUCCAUUGCUGACUCUGUGAGUUACCCACUUGACUCAAUUCAGAGCAAAUUGGACUGGGUUCACCUAAUUGCUUAUGAUUACCAUCUCCCCACCAGGGAAAAAUUUGUCCUCCCUCAUGCAGCUUUAUUUGACCCAGCAAGCCAGAACAACACAGACUUCUGCAUCACUUGGUUGUUGACUAGAGGAUUUCCUGCAAGAAAGCUGGUUCUGGGCUUGCCCUACCAUGGCUAUGCGUGGCAGCUUGAGGAUUCAAGCGACGAUGUCAUUGGCCAUCCGGCGGUGGGGCCUGCUGUGACGGCGGAUGGGUCAUUCGGAUACAAGGCCAUAAGAUCAUACAUCCGAGAUUUCGGUUAUGGAGCCAGUUCUGUUUAUAAUGGUACAUAUGUGGUGAAUAUUUUCAGAAAAGGGUUGAUAUGGAUCAAUUUCGAUGAUGUGGAGGCCAUUCGAGCCAAAGUAACUUAUUCCAAGGGAAAAGGGCUUCUUGGUUACAAUGUGUUUCAGGUUAACAACGAUCAGAACUGGGUUCUUUCCAGGACAGCUCAAGAAGCCGGUGAAGAUCAGCAAGAAAGGCGAUGGUUCCGGCUAGUUAUGCUUAUUUCGAUUGCUAUAGUUGUUCUCUUUAUAUUUGGCCUGAUAUGCAACUUACAGAGGAGAACAUUGAAAUCAAAAGGUACAUUUUGUAAAGUUCACUGGAGGAUUGCUAUAUCUCUGUGCUAAUUGGG